AUGACACUCGAAACUGAGAAAACCGUCACCGUUGCUGUUGCAGCGCUUCCAACCCUCGACAGCCCCAAGGACUGGCCAAGAUGGAUCUCUGCUGUUCGCCAAGAGGCCAACAACCUGCGUGUCUGGCACAUCAUCGACCCAGACACCGAGCUCGCCACCGAGGCUGCGAUACGAUCCGCCUUGAUGAAGGCAGAGCAAUUGGAUUUCAAUCCGCCACCCCCGCCGGCGGUUUGCGGCGGAACACCUCUUGCAGCACGGCCGGGGUGCCAAGCGCAGUCUGCUAUGGUUGCAGCUUCUGACUUCAUCGGACAGCUCUGGUCAGCGGGGAAGACGGACGCGCAUACUGGCGAGUAUCAGACGCAGGGGUAG